GAGUUAUGUAAAGCAUCUUUACGCUGCUGGGUAACCUUGAGAGACCACGUGUCAAAACAAUAUGAAAAUAAUAAAUAUUUUUUCGCCUGUUUUCUUGGAAAGUGCGGUGGUUUUUUAAGAAAAACUGAGAAGUUAUCGGGUGAGUGACGGUAAAAGACAGCUUCAUUAGCAAAAAUCAGAGAAAACUAAGUUUUUUCGUGAAGUUUUAUCAGCACUGAAGACGCGGAAGAGACAGAGAAAAAGGGGCAAAAUAUUACGGCAUCAACAACAACUGUGCGCAAAAUCGUCAGUUUGUGAGCGUCAAUGAGGCUGUGCGCAUGAAUUGCAAAGUGACUUCUUCAAGCAGUUUCCGAUCAGAUCUCUCUCAACCCAGAGGAUUGCAUGAAGUGAUACCUUUCCAAAAUCAUAAGUUUGUACUUCUUCUCAAAGCGAAGAGUGUCAAUUGUAAAUUGUGUGAGUAAGAUGGAUCCGAUGAAAGUUCAAGUGCCGGAGAUAGACAAACUCUUUGCUAUUGAUGGGUAUUUAAAACCCCAUGAGCGGGAAUUGAGAAGAAGACAUGGACUGAUAAAGGAGUGGCUGGAGAAGAUAGAGAAGAAUGAGGAAGGAGGCAUUGAUGGAUUUUCUCAAGCUUACAAAUACUUUGGGAUCCACGUUCAACCAGAUAAUGCAAUUAUAGCGCGAGAAUGGGCCCCUGGUGCUCAACAACUCUAUCUAACAGGCGAUUUCAAUAAUUGGCAAUGGGAAGCAACUCCGUACACUAAGUUAGAGUUUGGAAAAUGGGAACUCAAAAUUCCUCCCCGUGAUGAUGGAUUAUGUGCCAUUAGACAUUUGUCUGAAAUCAAAGUGAUUGUCCGGAAGAAGGAUGGUGCACUUGUGGAUCGACUUUCUCCAUGGGCCAAAUAUGUGGUGCAACCACCAAAAGAAGCAAAUCAAGGUACCAAUUACAAGCAAUUCCUCUGGCAUCCGCCUCCCCAUGAGAAAUAUAUGUUCCGAUACCAGCGUCCCGUAAAGCCCCAAUCCCUGAGAAUCUAUGAGUGUCAUGUAGGAAUUGCCACAGAGCAGUGCGGAGUGGGAAAUUAUCGGGACUUUGGAGAUAAAAUAAUUCCGAGAAUUGUUCGUCAGGGCUACAAUGCCAUUCAGGUGAUGGCUAUAAUGGAGCAUGCCUACUAUGCUAGUUUUGGAUAUCAAGUAACAAGUUUCUAUGCAGCUUCCAGUCGUUAUGGAACUCCCGAUGAGCUCAAGUACAUGAUAGACAUGGCCCACAAGGCUGGUCUCUAUGUCCUGCUCGAUGUUGUGCAUUCCCAUGCCAGUAAGAAUGUGGCAGAUGGACUGAAUCAGUUUGAUGGUACAAAUACAUGCUUCUUCCAUGAUGGGGCUCGUGGGGAGCAUACGUUGUGGGACAGUCGGCUCUUCAACUACACAGAGUAUGAGGUACUACGAUUCCUUAUCUCGAAUCUCCGAUGGUGGCAUGAUGAGUACAAUUUCGAUGGGUAUAGAUUUGACGGAGUCACUUCCAUGUUGUAUCAUUCGAGGGGGAUUGGGGAGGGAUUCAGCGGUGAUUACAAUGAAUACUUUGGGCUUAACGUUGACACGGACGCUCUGGUUUAUUUGGCUGUAUCCAAUGAUAUUCUGCACAACAUGAACAAAGAUAUCAUCACAAUUGCUGAAGAUGUGUCUGGAAUGCCAACUCUCUGUAGACCAGUUGCUGAAGGUGGUGUUGGAUUUGAUUAUCGUUUAGGAAUGGCCAUUCCUGACAAGUGGAUUGAGUAUCUCAAGGAAAAACGAGAUGAUGAUUGGAACAUGGGAAACCUCGUUCACACAUUAACAAAUCGUCGAUGGAUGGAGAAAACUGUGGCAUAUGCUGAAUCUCAUGAUCAGGCCCUGGUAGGGGAUAAAACUUUAGCUUUUUGGCUGAUGGAUAAAGAAAUGUACACACACAUGUCUACUGUGUCUGGAUCAUCCCUGAUUAUUGAUCGUGGGAUUGCUCUGCACAAGAUGAUCAGGCUCUUAACUCACUCUUUAGGCGGAGAAGCCUACUUGAAUUUCAUUGGCAAUGAAUUUGGUCAUCCAGAAUGGUUGGACUUUCCUCGCGUUGGCAAUAAUGAUUCCUACCACUAUGCUAGGCGUCAAUGGCAUCUGGUGGAUGAUGACUUACUGAAGUACAAAUACCUCAAUGAAUUUGACCGUGCCAUGAAUAAUUUGGAAAUGACUUACAAAUGGCUAUCGAGUGAUCCGGGCUAUGUCAGUUGGAAGCAUGAAGAUGACAAGGUUAUUGUCUUCGAAAGAGCUGGUCUCGUGUUCGCCUUCAAUUUUCAUCCAUCCAAGAGCUUUACAGAUUAUCGCUUGGCCGUGGAAGUUGCUGGGAAAUACAGGAUUGUCCUAAGCACAGACGAUCCAACUUUUGGCGGAAUGAAUCGAGUAGACACAAAGUGUGAUCAUCUAUCAAAUCCGGAGGGAUAUGCUGGUAGAAGGAACUUUUUCCAGGCGUAUCUUCCAGCAAGAACAGCUUUUGUUUUCGCAAAAAUUGAUUGAAAAAUAUAAAAGUCUAUUCUUAUCAAUUAUA